AUGUCUCAGCAAUCGAGUGAUGAAUCUCCCGUUUCAGACUCGGCAACACCGGAAGAGUCCUCUAACCCUAAUAGGAUUCUUAAGGUUGUCCCUUUAAGUACAAUUAGCAGCGACGAAGUAAAGGCCACAAAGCCUAAAAUGACUCAUGCAAAACGGCCCAAGGAGGGUAUUCACAGCAAGGGUACCAAAUCCUCUACAUCUGCUACCACGGAGGAACUUACUAAAGAAGGAUCCAAAUAUGUUGAUAGCGCAAUUACCAUGAUUGUUACUCGUAUUCUGAAGGAGAAUCAUCAAGUGCCUGGAAUAUCUAUUCCUCUUCAAACCAUAAUGGCUGAUCCCCUCAAUAACACCAGUAAGGCUGAGGCUGUUUACACCGUUGAUAGUGACCUAGAAAUCAACAAGGAUGAACAAGGGUUUGCUAAGAAUACCAAUGUUAUCGAGGAUGUCAAUGAAAUCGACAAUAAUGAGCACCCUAAGGCCAAUACUGAAACUGGUACUAAUGUGGUAGACUUAGAUGAGUACUCUGAUGAUGAAUUACUUACCUCCUUGAAUCCUAGUGUAGCCAACAAGCUAAUGACAAGAAGAAAAGGCAAAGAUGUUGUCCAAGGAUCACCUAAAAGGAGCACUCAAGUGAACAACCCUGCCAAAGACGUUGUCAGGAAGAAGAGUACUUCUGCAGGUCCUGUUAAGAGCAAAGCUGUAACUAGGAGUAAAGGGGUUGUGAAUGUCCUUGGCCUUCCAUCAAGGAAGAAUCCUACAACCAGUAAGCUUGCUGCUAGUAUUCCUGAAGUUCCCAUUGAUAAUGUGUCUUUCCACUAUGCCUCUAGUGCCAGCAGAUGGAAGUAUGUUCUCCAAAAGAGAUUGGCUGUUGAAAGGGAGUUGGCUCCAAAUGCUCUUGAGAACAAGGAGGUCUUAGAGCUGAUUCAAGAAGCUGGAUUGCUAAAAACUGUUUGUGGCAACAGCAAGAGUGCAGACUACAAAAAGGUGUUUGUAAGAGGUAAGUGUGUAUUGUUCUCUCCUUAUGUGAUUAAUAAAUUCCUGGGAAGAACAGAUGAAGCUCAAACCGAGCUAGAAGUAACAGACAACCAAGUCUGUCAAUUGAUCACAACCAAGCAGGUAAAAAGCUGGCCCAUGAAAGAGAAGCUAACUGCAAGUAAGCUGGGCAUCAAGUAUGCAAAGCUUCACAAGAUAGGAGCAGCUAAUUGGGUUCCAACAAAUCACAAGUCCACUAUCUCAAUUGUGCUUGGUAGAUUUUUGUAUGCUGUAGGAACAAAGGCAAAGUUUGAUUAUGGAGCAUAUAUUUUUGACCAAACCAUGAAGCAUGCUGGAAGCUUCAGUAUUAAGGGUCCAAUUGCCUUUCCAUCCCUCUUGUGUGGUAUAAUUCUAGAUCAGUGCUCAAACAUUCUCAAUGAACAUGAUGUAGUGUGCAAAAGAGAAAGUCCAUUGGCCUUCCAUUACAAAUUGUUUUCGGGUAAGCAUGUUCCAGACAUUGUCAUGACAUCAGCUGAAACUUCCAAAUCUGGAGCAUCAGUCAGCAAAGCAGAAGUCAUCAAUGCUAAAAGAGACUUGCAAAGAACUGAAAUCUAG